AUGAAGAAUCAAUUAAGACAAGGUUCCGUACUCUAUUUUUUACCAUUUAUUCAUUGGCGUCCACCCCGUCAUAUAUUAGCAGUGAGCGAUGAAGAGCAUGCAGCAGUACGCCGGAAGAAAGGAAUUAUAGUGGACGGUAAUAGUGUACCUCCUCCGAUUGGUAGUUUCAUUGAAAUGAAAUUUCCCCCUGCAGUAAUCAAAGCUUUACGCGACAAAAAAAUCAUUUGUCCAACUGUUAUUCAAAUGCAAGGAAUACCAGUUGCACUUUCAGGACGCGACAUGAUCGGUAUAGCUUCAACUGGUUCUGGCAAGACUUUGACAUUUGCUUUGCCAUUGGUUAUGUUUUGCUUGGAGCAAGAAGUAUCUCUGCCAUUCCGACAUGGCGAAGGGCCAUAUGGUUUAAUCAUUGUGCCUUCGCGUGAAUUAGCAAAGCAGAUUCAUGACGUCAUAGAAAGAUUGUUUGAGAAUAUUUGCGAUGACACGAAGUUUCCCAGACUUCGAGUUGGUCUAUGCAUUGGUGGAUUACCAAUUAGUGAGCAGGCGAGAGUUUUUGAAAGAGGUGUUCAUGUGUGUGUUGCAACGCCUGGUCGUUUAUCAGAUUUAUUAAGCAAAAAAAUUUUCAAUUUGCAAGUCUGUCGAUACUUGGUACUAGAUGAAGCGGACAGGAUGCUUGAUAUGGGCUUUGAAGAAGAAAUACGGACUAUUUUUUCAUUUUUCAAGGGUCAGCGGCAAACUUUACUCUUCUCAGCAACAAUGCCUCGUAAAAUACAGAACUUUGCUCGAUCGGCUUUAGUUCGUGCAGUGAUUGUAAAUGUUGGACGUGCUGGUGCUGCGUCACUGAAUGUUGUUCAGGAAAUUGAAUAUGUUCGAGCUGAUGAGAAACUUACUAGAAUACUGGAUUGUUUGCAAAAAACAGCUCCAAGAGUUUUAAUAUUUGCGGAGAAAAAGAGUGAUGUGGACAAUAUUUAUGAAUAUUUGUUAGUUAAAGGAGUUGACGUGGCUUCUCUACAUGGUGGAAAAGAUCAAAAGGACCGUCAUACCGGAGUCGAUGCCUUUAGGAGAGGCGAAAAAGAUGUUCUGGUAGCAACCGAUGUUGCUUCGAAAGGUCUGGAUUUCGAAAAUAUUCAACACGUGAUCAAUUUCGAUAUGCCUGAAGAUAUCGAAAAUUACGUGCAUCGCAUUGGUCGUACAGGACGUUCUGGCAGGAAGGGAAUGGCGACAACCUUCAUAAAUAGAAGAGCAGAUAUGUCUGUGCUGCAAGAUUUACGAGCUUUACUGCUCGAAGCUGGUCAACAAUUGCCCUUGUUCCUUCGAGACAUGGGUGGUCCGGAAUUAGAGCAGCCUAGUGAUUCUACAAAUGCUGACGACAAAGGUUGUGCAUAUUGCUCUGGAUUGGGUCAUCGUAUCACAAAUUGUCCGAAAUUAGAAAAUGUUCAAACAAAGACAGCAGCUUAUCUUUCUCGCCCAGAUUACGGAGGCGAGGAAAUUUAA